CACUCCCCCACCGCUUGUGUGAACGUAAACACACAUACACACACCACAGACGCGUGUGGUUGACCGCACCGGGCUCUCGGCUAUGUGUGAAGACACGCGCGGCACGCCAAAGAAGCAGCACUACUGAAUCUGACGCUCGCUUUGUAGCAGGACCGCCAACCAGAUCGCAUCGAAAACCAUCCUACUUUCUCUCUCUCUCGUUCUCCCUCUCUCUCUUUUCAGUUGUACUUGUGUGAACAGAGCUGGAGAAAAGGAAAUACCCCCCCCAUCCCUCCUCAUCUCUCUCUCUCUCUCUCUUUCUGUCUGUCCUAUGGUGGGAUAAACAGUGAAAAGAUGAGCCUGUGAUACAGCACCAGACCUGAGUGACCUGACAGCUCAAACUAAUCCUGUUCAGACAAGAAGAAAUGCUGCCAGUUGAAGCCUAGUCUCUGAUAGCAGUGGAGAACAACCAGUCUACUUCCCGAAAGAAUACAAGACUUCUCUGAUCUGGUUCAUCGGACAGAGUGACUUGCCACGCUCCGACUGCCCCCUUCUCCCCACAACAUCAGACGCCUCUGUGGUUGCAGUGAGACCCCACCUGCUCAGCCACAGCUGUACAUGGAGACCCCCAGUUGGGCAGAAACUAAACCAGGAAACGGGCUGUGUAAAACAGGAAGCAUUGCUCUCUUUGGAAACGUAGUGUACAGCGGACUGCUGAACGAUCACUUCUGGCAUUUUGGGGUGCCCCUUGUCACAAGACUGGGUAACCAGGAGGCCCCAGCUCCCCCAGAAGCCAUGGCUCAGCCGUACGCUCCAGCGCAGUAUCCUCCCCCUCCACCUCAGAACGGGUUGCCUGGCGAAUACACCCACCCUGGGCAGGACUACACGGGGCCCAGUCCGGUCCCUGAGCACGCCGCAGCCCUCACUAUCUACACACCCACACAGACACACAGCGAGCCACCUGGCACUGACAGCAGCACGCCUUCCCUCACAGGGACUAGCAGCAUACCACAAGCAGACGACGUGGCGCAGACAGACGGCUCUCAGCAGCUUCAGCUCCAGCCCUCAGACUCUUCGGAGAAACAGCAGCCCAAACGGUUACACGUCUCCAACAUUCCCUUCCGCUUCCGUGACCCAGACCUCCGGCAAAUGUUCGGGCAAUUUGGGAAAAUUUUGGAUGUGGAAAUUAUUUUUAACGAGCGGGGCUCUAAGGGUUUUGGUUUUGUAACUUUUGAAACAAGCGCAGACGCAGACCGUGCACGGGAGAAAUUAAACGGUACAAUCGUAGAGGGACGCAAAAUUGAGGUAAAUAAUGCAACGGCACGAGUAAUGACAAACAAAAAAGUGGCCAACCCAUAUACAAACGGCUGGAAGCUGAAUCCAGUGGUGGGAGCUGUCUAUGGUCCUGAAUUUUAUGCAGUGACAGGCUUCCCCUAUCCGACCACAGGGGCGACGGUGGCUUACAGGGGCGCCCACUUGAGAGGCAGAGGUCGUGCCGUCUACAACACGUUCCGCGCCGUGCCUCCACCCCCUCCCAUUCCUGCUUACGGAGCUGUGGUUUACCAAGAUGGCUUCUACGGUGCUGAGAUCUAUGGUGGCUAUGCAGCAUACAGAUAUGCCCAACCAGCCGCAGCAGCUGCAGCGGCCUACAGUGACAGCUAUGGCAGAGUCUAUGCAACAGCAGACCCUUAUCACCACACAAUUGGACCUGCAGCCACGUACAGCGUGGGCACUAUGUAAAUAAAAGAAAGAAGACAACGGAGAAGAGCAUCAGCUAAAAAGGAACAAAAAGGAUCAAGGAAGAAAAGUGUCAAUGAAAAAAAAAACAUACAAAAAGAAGUUAAGAGGAAAUCCUUACACCGAGGCUGUCAGGAGAAGGCAUUAUAUAUCUCUGUGGGGACGCGAGACUGACGCAGCCAAGCUGUGGAUGAAAAGAGGGGUUAGCUUUCACCUGGGACAGCCUUUCGGUGGAGGAGAAGAGGAGAGUUCGUCAUAAAACUUUUUAUUUUUCUAAACUUUUUUAAGUUUAUGGUUUCAAAAAGAUGAAAAAGAUGAGUGUAUAUAUCUAUAUAGCGAUAUAUAUGUAUGUAUAAAUAUGUUACAAAAAAGAAGCGAAGAAGAAAAAAAAUAGUACAAAACUAGCAACAGAGUGAUGAGUUAGUGCUGUAGGAGGGGGGGCGGGGGGUGUACAUGUUGGUCCUUCACACCCCCCACCCCCCCUCCCACCGCAGACCUCCUUGUCCGGCCUGCGCCGGGCAGAGAGGCCGAAGACCCGCCAGACACGAUUCCAUGUGGCCCCUCUUCAUCCAAAGCCCUUGAAUAUAUGGCACAGCUGGGUCUUCCAUCAGUAGGUUUUUGUCGUGGGUUGAACCGCAUCGCUUCCUCUGGCUUUAGUCGCGCACAUAGGGAGCUGUUAUUCAUCCCGUCUAGACGUAGGCAGACAAACUUGCAUGGGACUCCAAAUUUCAGUCUUACAUCAGGUCGCAUAUUCAGGUGUCGCAUGGAACGGGACGCUGAGAGAGAAGACGCUGUAAAUAAACCACCAGUCGGUCUGAAGUAGGGAAUGCGCUGUCAUCCCGCUGUUGUUUGUAGCACAAUACGAAACAGGUUUCACUGGGAUGCGUGCGAGUGCGUGCGAGUGUGUGCGAGAGUGGUUACGGGCGGAAGGGGGCUUUAUAGAGUCGUGUUGGGUCGCGGCGGCCCCGGAGCCCAGGGCUACCAAAAAGCAUUUCAUUGUAGUGUUGUGGAGGUGGCCGUGCUGUGUAGUAAACACUUUUGUAUGUGGUGUCAUGAGGCUACAAAUUAAGAAAAUUGGAGCUGUCUUCUCGGUAUUGUCACGGGAGUUUCACUAUCCAUCUUGAAAAUGGGUUCCUGCCCGCUGCGAGGUGGAAAACGACGUGCCAGUUUAGUCAUAGGGUUGCGAGCAAAGUUUUAUUAAAAAUCGAUUACCUUUAUACUUCUAAUGAGCUCCAUUUCAGUGACACAUCCUUAUAUAUUUAAACGUUGUACUAAUUACAUGCUGCUCAGCGUGGUCAAACGUCGAUUGUAGCCAUUUACUAAUGUUGUAUUAUUGUAUUACCAGUAUGAAAAAAAAAACAUUUAUAUAUGGAUAUAUCUAUUUGUGACUUUGCGACCCUUCAAAAAGGAUUGUACCUUUUUUCGUUUCUCGAUGGUGGUCCGGGUUUCUUUUCGGCGGCGAUUUAUGCAAGUACCGAGAGAUUUUCACUUGUGUGGCGUUGUUUCCGUUCGUCUGUAUCUUUGGUUCAGCUAUUGAAUGUAAUUCAACUUUUUAUGUACAUGUCUUUGUUUUUUAAGCAGUACUUUGUAAAUGUGGACACGGUUAAAGCGAGCCUUCGCUCUGAAGCCGGACCCGACGGAGAUAUUGUACGGUCCAGCUGACACCUCUCUUUUAUAACAGGAGCACUCCAGCUGGCCGACGGACAUUAUCACGACCCUGCAGGACAAUGGCAGAAAAGACAUAAAACGAUCGGAUGAGACCGAGCAGAAUUAUGCUCUUUGGUUUUUAAUCGACAACCGCUUUCCUUUGUCUUCUUUUUUUUCCUUUAUGCAAAAGGUGAACAGUUGACCCACGUUCAACAGCGGCGUCGCUCUAUAAUCGAUGUUGAAAACGUCAGUGUGUUAUCCUGGGAAAGAAAUGCCUAAAAAUGUGCUUCGUUUGAUAACAUCUCUAUUAACUGGUUUUAUUCAGGUCGACAUUUUCAUAUUUAACAGGACUGAAUCAACCGAAAAGCAAGAGUGGGUCAGAUCAGGAAGAGUCUACAGAUCUAUAAAACAACAACUGCACGUUUUCAUGCUUUUUACAGUGUGUGUUUUGACUCGGCGAGAAGGAAUGGUACAUUUACUAGAUAGCCCACGUCAACAGACAGCAUUCCCAAGCUUUGCAAAAUCAUGCGCUUCCUCGGACUCAGGUGUUACAUGACAGAACUGAUGUGUUCCCUUCCAUAGGUAAUGAUGUUACUCUUCCUUGCUGCAUUUUUUCUCCUCUCAGAACAAAAGGUUAUUUUCUACAAAGCUGGUGACUCCUAUCUCAGCGACUGUGCUACUUUGUUACCCGAAGGAUCGUGGAAAACAGUUCGCGAAGACGUGUUGUUUCAGGGACUCUAAAAAACGAGUGGCGGAUUCUGCUCUGGAAGAGAUUGUGACUGAACAACCUAACAAAAAGAUGUCAAUUCUACAGAGAUCCGAGACCUCUGGGUUUAUUUCUUUGCUUUAGUCCGUACGAGACAUUACUUGUUUACAUGUCCUGGUUUUUUCGACCCUGCUGUGAGGUGUAUGGUAUGUCAGCUUUUGCACUGUAUUCUUUGGCUUGUUGUCUUCCCUCUAUUCUCUGUUUCCUCUCAAACAGCCCAUUAACCUGAGCACCAAAGUCAUUCGCCGUCUUCCUCGACCCAAAGCAGAGAACCAAUGCAAACUGUAGUCUGCUUAUAGUCUCUUGUCAGAACUACGAUGAAACUCAAGCGCAUGUAUCUGCCACUUGUUCCUCCAUCCGAAACGUCCUUCGAAUCUACACUGGUCGUCUGCUCUAGAUGCUAGGGCAGGUGUAAGACCAGCUAUGCAGCUCACCCGUGUCUGCACAGUUCCCUUGAACUUCAUUCAAACACAGUCAAGCCAAUGGAAAUGACAAACUUAUCUUGGCAAUUGCUUUUCCCGACACAAAAAAGGAAAAAACGAACUCCUGCCAACAUGAUUUUCCUCAUCGUCAUUGCCAGAUCCCCGAAGCACAAGAGCUUGAAUGGAAGUCAAGUUAGUCGUCUCAGUGAUAGUUACCCUCCAUGUAGCGUGCGUGUGCGCGUGUAUGUACGUGCGUGUGUGCUUCCAGCCCCUUUGUUUUCUACUGAAAAUAUACAAAAGCUACUUCCUCUGUCAUCUCAAUAUAAAAUGUAUUAUAUUAAAGGUUCUCUUCAUGUGCAACACAAGCUCUACGCAACAACAAAUCUAUCAUUUGGGGUUUUCUUUUGUUCCUUUUUGUUUUCUUUCGUUCUUUUUCCAAUUUUGAAGUUGUUCCAAAUACAUAAGCGUGAAAAAAAACUAAAGAAAAAAAAGAAACCAAUAUAAAGUAUUCUAUUUAAAAUGAAAUGACGAAACUUCUGCUGUCCUGGAUCUGUACUCUAAAUUUCAGUUUUCUUUCUGUAUGCAUCCAAUGUGCUUCAAACAACCAGUACUGUUUAUUAAUGAAAUCAUUAUAUUAUUAUGAUUAUGAUUAUUAUUAUUACUAUCAUGAUUAAUAUGGUUAUAAAUAAAUAUUUCUUUCUUCAAUAACAGAGA